CCCCCCCCCCCCCCCCCCCCCCCCCUCCCCACCCCGAUGGGCGGGUCUCCUUUCUCUCUCCGAUGUGGAUCAGAUGAUUCGGGCUGCAGCGGACUGAUCUGCAGUUAGACAUGGAGGUGAGCGAGGCUCUCUGGCAGCAGGAUCGACUGCAGCUCCUCGCAUUUCCCAUCAUGCCUCAGGAGAAGAGGAAGAGACAGACUGAGAUCGAGAAUGUGAAGCGACAACUGGAGGAUGACAGGAGAGCGCUGCAACACCUGAAGUCCAAGGCUCUGAGGGAACGCUGGCUGCUGGAUGGAGCGCCCUCUGCUGGACCAGAACACGAAGACGUGAAGAGACAGCUGGAGCAGGACGAAGCCAAGACCAGGACCCUGGAGGAUACCAUCAACAGACUCGAGAAAGAACUCAUCGAGCUGGAGACCGAAGUCCAGAGCGUAACACACACUACAGUGUGUCCAGUUUCAGCUGUAGAGGUCAAAGGUCAUGGCGGCUGUCUGACAGAGCAAGCUACAGUGCCAGGACAGGAAGUCCAAGAGGUCAAAGUUCACAAAAGCCCAGGUGUGCCCAGAGUGCCCAGGGAGGUGACCGAGGAGAUGAAGAGAGCGAUGUACUCUGUGGAGAUUAAAGUGGAGCGGGACAGAGUGACGGGGGAAACCAGGGUUCUGUCUACUAACACCACACUUCCUGUUGACCUCUCUCACCAAGGGGUCAAAGUUUACGAGGACGAGCGAAGAGUGGUCCAUGAGAUGAACGGUGAAGAUGGCGUUCAGAUUCUCAGUUACACUGAGGUUGAAGAGCUAAUUCAUAAAGCAGACGAGGCGUCCAUGAUGUCACAGACUGUCGCCACGGUGACCUCUCUCCCCUCAGAAGAAGUUCAAGAGGAGGCGGGGCCUGAGCCGUCGCUGCCAGUCCCUGCAGAGAUCACGGGCCUAGAGACCAAAGCAGGUGGUGAGCUCAGCAUGGGGGAGGCCAGCGCUCAGAAUCCGGUCACCAUGGUGUUCAUGGGAUACCAGAAUGUGGAGGAUGAGGACGAGACCAAGAAGGUUCUGGGUCUGCAGGGGACGGUGAAGGCGGAGCUAGUGCUCAUAGAAGAAAACAACGGGAAGACUCCACCCAGUGAGGGGAUGGACCAGUCAAGCAUCCCUCCAACAACAGCUCUGACUCCUUCUACCUCCACAGCCCCGCCUCCUCCAACCUCCAAAGCCCCGCCUACUUCCAUCAAGCCCCCUGAGACAACAGCUGCGGCAAGCAACGGGGAGACAGCGGGGGAGUCAGGGGAGGUGAAGGAAGGAGUGGUGCAGAUAAAGAAGGAGAAGCAGCCGUGUAAGUGCUGCAGCAUCAUGUGAUCCUGCAGAGGGCGCCACCUUAAUAUAAAGUAUGAUAUUCUAAAAACAAAAAGGACAAAAAACACAGGAACUAACCCACUGCCCUUAGCCCCGCCUCUAUUAACAUGACAUCAUUUCCUGUUUUUUCAUUCUGCUGUUUUAUAAAGAAAUCUUUUUUUAUACUUUAUUGAAGCCUUUUUACUUUUGUAAAGUAAGUUCCAGUAGCUUUAGCUUUAGCAUUAGCACUAGCAUUAGCCAUGCAGUCCUGACAUGUAACUCUGUGUCUCUUUAUAAACUCAAAAAUACAUUAAACAUUAAAUUAUUUCUGCUUCA